AUGUGCGGCAUCUUCUGCUCGCUCAGCUGCCACGGCUACGUAGCCCCGGAUGCAAGUACGCAGCAACUUCUUCAGAGCCGAGGACCGGAUCAUAUUGGACUACAUCAAACCUUGAUCAAGCCAUUGCAGGUUAGGGAUGAAGAGACCUCAUCCCAGCUUCACGCAACCUUCUUGUCAACGGUGCUGUCGUUGCGAGGCAGUACAGUGGUCGCCCAGCCUCUCAUAGAUGAGGCAACUGGGUCUGUACUCUGCUGGAACGGUGAAGCAUGGAGCAUCCACGGCGAGGUUGUAACCGGCAAUGACUCCAAGAUUGUCCUCGCGCAGCUUUUGGCGACAUGUACCAGCUCUCCAGAUGCUUCCAAACGGGCAAUCAUCAAUCUCCUGUCCUCAAUUCGAGGACCUUAUGCUUUUGUCUUCUACGAUGCGACGAGUAGAUGUCUGUACUACGGACGCGACUGCCUUGGGAGGCGCUCGCUGCUGAAGAAGUCUGCGCCAGAUGGCACACUCAUAUUAUCUAGCGUAUGCGACAACGCUUCUGGCGAAGCGUGGACGGAAGUAGAAGCCGAUGGCAUUUACAUCGUCAACUUCCCCAUUGAAACAUCACAACCACCAUCGCUUUGCCCGGAACAUAUCCCACACCGCGGUCCAAAUCAAGAAGCGGGCGCGUUACUAUCAUUCAAUCUCCCCUUCCCUGCCAUGAACCGCACAGUUUCCGAGCAACUCCAUGACCCACGUGCUCAGAUUGUAAGCAAACUACAUAUCUCACUCGAAAGAUCUCUUCAACUUCGCACACAACAUGUCCGCGAAGCUGUGAAACCAAGUGUAGCUGGAGCACUUGAUCAAGAAGCGAGAGUAGCCGUCUUAUUCUCGGGUGGCCUUGACUGCACUAUCCUUGCACGCAUGUGUCACGACUUACUCCCCGCGAGCGAGACCAUCGAUCUCCUCAACGUCGCCUUCGAAAAUCCCCGAAUCCACGGGAAGCUUGAUCCAGGAAACAGUCCAUACGAGCUUUGCCCAGAUCGCAUCACUGGGCGAUCAUCACAUGCCGAGCUUAUCAAAAUCUGCCCCGGUCGUACUUGGCGUUUCGUCGAGGUCAAUGUACCAUACACUGAGACUCAAGCAUAUCGUACGACCGUCAUGACCCUAAUGCACCCUCACAAUACUGAGAUGGACUUGUCAAUAUCGUAUGCUCUAUAUUUCGCUUCGCGUGGCAUAGGUAGCACUCGUUCCUCACAGUCCAGUCCACUAGAGUCAUAUGCCACAUCUGCGCAUGUGCUUCUUUCCGGCCUUGGGGCCGACGAGCUAUUUGGGGGCUAUCAGCGACAUGCUACAGCUUUUGCCCGAAAAGGCUAUCUUGGUCUCAUCGAAGAGCUCGAGCUUGACUUCAAUCGACUUGGGAAGCGCAAUCUCGGGCGGGAUGACAGGGUCAUCAGCAACUCCAGCAAAGAAGUACGCUUCCCCUAUCUCGACGAAGACUUCAUUACUAUGGUGCUCGACCUCCCAGUAGCCGCCAAAUGUGACUUCGGCAAUGCUCAAGAUGAGACAUCUGAAGACCCUGCGUACUUCUUAGAGCCGGGAAAGAGAGCGCUUCGCUUGCUUGCGUGGCAGCUGAAUAUUAAAGGUGUUGCAGCCGAGAAGAAGCGCGCCAUGCAAUUUGGGGCCCGGACUGCAAAGAUGGAGACUGGAAAAACAAAAGGCACGCAUGUGCUUACUUGA